AACCUGUCAACGACGUCAGAAGUUCUGACAUUGCCUGUAUGCUCGAUAGGUGUCUACUCAGAUGCAAAUUCAAAAAACAUUUUAAGAGUUUCCAAUACUUGAUAAGAAGCCACGUGAAAAUCUUUCAAAAGAUCAAAAAGUCACAUAAAAAACUCAGCUUGUCUGUUCUGUGAUAUUUUUGUCAACUGUCAAUUUACCAUUUGUUUACCGGCGAUUAGCGUUAAAAAUAGAAGAAUGGUUAUAUACAUUUUGAAAAUUGAUCAAACAAAUCCAGUGUAAUAUCAUUAUUGAUAGAUAUAUUGUCACAUUGUGUUAAUAGUACCAGUGAAAAAUAUUAUUUUUUCAAAAUGAAGGUGGAAGAAGUUAAAAGUACAGUUAAAACCCAGAGAAUUAGUGCUCACAGUCAUAUAAAGGGUUUAGGAUUGGAUGAAUCAGGAUUUGCCAUACAAUCAGCAGCAGGUUUGGUCGGCCAAGAACAAGCAAGAGAGGCAGCAGGAGUAGUAGUGGACAUGAUAAAAAGUAAAAAAAUGGCUGGUAGAGCAGUGCUCCUAGCCGGACCACCAGGAACAGGCAAAACUGCUAUAGCUUUGGCCAUUGCACAGGAACUUGGAAAUAAAGUUCCUUUCUGUCCAAUGGUAGGUUCUGAAGUUUACAGUUCAGAAAUUAAGAAAACCGAAGUCCUUAUGGAAAACUUCAGGAGAGCGAUUGGGUUACGGAUUAGAGAAACUAAAGAGGUUUAUGAAGGAGAAGUUAGCGAGCUAACACCAGUUGAAACAGAAAAUCCUUCAGGAGGUUAUGGCAAAACCGUCAGUCAUGUCAUUAUUGGGUUGAGAACAGCCAAAGGUAGUAAACAAUUGAAACUUGAUCCUAGCAUUUAUGAGGCACUUCAAAAAGAGAAAGUAGAAGUUGGAGAUGUUAUCUAUAUUGAAGCCACAAGUGGAGCUGUUAAAAGACAAGGAAGAUCUGAUGCAUUUGCUACUGAAUUUGAUCUGGAAGCUGAAGAGUAUGUCCCCCUUCCGAAGGGAGAUGUACAUAAAAAAAAGGAAGUCGUGCAGGAUGUCACCUUGCAUGAUUUGGAUGCAGCCAAUGCCAAGCCACAAGGAGGUCAAGAUGUAUUAUCAAUGAUGGGUCAACUCCUCAAACCCAAGAAAACUGAAAUCACUGAUAAGUUGAGGAAGGAAAUUAACAAAAUUGUUAACAAAUAUAUUGAUCAAGGCAUUGCUGAAUUAGUCCCUGGUGUUUUAUUCAUUGAUGAAGUUCACAUGCUUGACAUAGAAACUUUCACUUAUCUUCAUCGAGCUUUGGAAAGUGCAAUAGCUCCUAUUGUCAUAUUUGCUACUAAUAGGGGACGAUGUUUGAUAAGAGGAACAGAUGAUAUUUACUCUCCUCAUGGUAUACCUCUGGACUUACUUGAUAGGUUACUUAUCAUAAGAACCAUCCCUUAUGGAAGAGGAGACAUGGAACAGAUUCUCAAGCUGAGAGCUAACACAGAAGGAUUAGAAAUUGAACCGGAAGCUAUUUCUGCUCUGGGAGAGAUUGGAACAAAUGCCACCUUACGUUAUGCAGUGCAGCUUUUGACUCCUGCAUUUUUAACAGCUAAAAUAAAUGGACGGAGUCACAUAACUCAAAAUGAUGUUGCUGAAAUAGGAUCCUUGUUUUUGGAUGCCAAAUCGUCUGCCAAAAUUUUGACAGAUAAUAAGGAAAAGUUCAUGACUUGAGCUUAGUCCUGAAUGAUAAUUUUAGUACUUAUUUUGUUGGCAUUUGCCAUUUUUUGAUUGUUCAUGUUUGAUAUUUCAAUUGUUUCACGAAUUUAUAUGAGUGUUUUUGAAAUAUAUUGAAUGCACACACUU